AUACACCAAAUACACCAGGGCAAAUUUUAGAGCUAGACAGAGUGAUUUCUACGCUUUCCCGUCAGCGUGAGCGGCUGCAUUAGACGGUGGCGAGGGAAGUUUGAUCGCGGGAUGGACAACACCGUCAAGCUGUUGACUGAAAGUGUCCGAGGGUCACAGGUAGAGCAAGAAUAUGAUGAUAUUACUCUUGCGGCAAGAACUUCCCACCGGCAGGCCGGGAUUGCUGUUGUGCGCGACGACGAAGUUCGGGAAGAGCCCGCUCCAAUGGAAACAAUGGCUGACACUGUUUCCGGGCAAGGCGGAUGGCAAAAAAGGAAAUGCGCAGUCGACGGACCGGACCACAGGAUAUCACCUUCCACCGUCUCCCCCUUCGAGAACGCCAUUGCAAAGUCCAGGGACAGGUCCAGUCCUGAAAUAUUCAUCCCAGCCAUUGGUACGACCUUCAAUUCUUGCCAAGAGGCGUAUGGAUUUUACAAUCUGUACUCUUGGGAGCACGGUUUCGGUGUUCGUCAUUCGAAGACUAGAAAGAACCAAUUCGGUUACAGGAAUAUGCACGAGAUAGUAUGCCAGUGCGAGGGUAGAAGCCUGACGAAAUCAUCUGCUUCAUGCCGGUCUGGCUGUCAUGCGAUGAUCAGGCUGCUGAGAACAGACGACCACGGUUGGUAUAUUAGCAUGUUCCAUAGCGAGCACAAUCAUCCUUUAUCUGUAGGAUGUUGUGGAAAAAUGCAGUGGAAUUCGCACAAUGAAAUCGACCCCCUUGCGCUUGAUUUCAUAAAGAAGCUCGGGGAAAACAACAUAAGCCUUGGUAAACUAUACAACAUAAUCAGUGGGUUCGGAGGACACGGGGUUAUAGCGCCUUUCCGUAAACAGGUUAUGAGGAGCUUCUGUUCUCGACUCAAUUGAGAAUCUAUGAAGGAUGACAUCGGGAAGACGAUGGAAAUACUAAAUGCAAUGAAACAGAACGACAAUGAGACUGAGAUAAUGGUUGAUGUUGAUUCAGAUAACCGUAUGAAGGCUAUAUUAUGGUGCAAAGGUAAAAACCGGGAGGACUACAGCUAUUUUGGUGACGUCGUUACAUUCGAUACCACAUACAGGACCAACAUGUAUAACAUGCCUUUUGGGCUGUACGUUGGCGUGAAUGAGCACUUCCAGUCUACUAUUUUUGGUGGAGUUCUAAUGUGCGAGGAGACGGCUGCUGCUUUCGAAUGGGCAUUCGAAUCCUUCAUCAAGAUAAUGGGUGGUAAACACCCAAUCACAAUACUCACUGACCAAUGCAAGGCCAUGAAAGCAGCUAUAAAAAGACUAUGCCUGAUACAAAGCACAGGUGGUGUCGCUGGCACGUACUUCGUGAUGCGAAGGAGAAGCUAGGGAAUGUUUACAGCAAGCACUCGUGCUUCAAGAGUGAGUUUCAUGGGAUAAUAAAUGAAGAAGUGUGUGUGCUGAAUUUUGAGAAGAGGUGGGAA